GCAGUCGACGGUGGACAUAGCGGCUGCUCUAUCGCUAUAUUGUUCUCUUCUUCUUCUGUUGGAAUCCUUCCUGAACCAUGGCGGCUCCCAUGGGUGGAAACGCAAAUGUCGUAAUCCCUCGAAAUUUCCGGCUCUUGGAAGAAUUGGAGCAAGGACAGAAAGGUGUUGGGGAUGGAACGAUUUCCUGGGGCUUGGAAGAUGAUUCCGACAUGACUUUGACGCAUUGGAACGGCAUGAUCAUCGGUCCGCCAAGAUCGCCGUUCGAAAACAAAAUGUAUUCGUUGAAAAUUGAGUGUGGAGCUCAAUAUCCGGAAGAGCCCCCUUGCGUUAGAUUUGUUACUAAAAUCAAACUUCUCGGGGUGAACGAUACUACCGGUGUGGUCGAUCGUCGCCAGACGCCCAUCCUGUCCCGAUGGCAAAGGAAUUAUUCGAUCAAAAGUAUUCUGCAAGAGCUGCGUCGCGCGAUGACUGCCAAGGAAAACACUCGUCUGCAACAACCUCCCGAAGGAGCAACUUUCUAGAUGGGCUUCUUCGAGUGUUUAUUUUGCUUCGAGCGAGGUUUCGGCAGGGAACAACACGCCUGGCGAUGGAUAAGUGGAAUGAAGUGACAACCCACAGCAGAGUCAGCCGGAGGAUGUUGAGGUGGUGACUGUCGAAGAGACGAGGUGGAGAUCGACGCGGACGAGUCCGCACGUUCGAUACUGAGAAGAUUUGAAAGGGUGACCGUGUCGGAAGGCAGUGGAGCUGCCACAACAGCAAAAUAUAGCCGACCCCUCUAUAUUGAUUUCCGUGCUGUUGCGCGUAGUUUCUCACAGAUGGUAGACUUUUGCUUUGUUUUAUAUUUAUUGAGCUUCAGCAAAAAUUCCAAAAAUACGACCAAGGAGUCGACGCGGAGGAGAAGACGGGAGCUCAAAGAGGCGAUCCAUCGAGUGCCGCCUAGGGAUGUCAGCGGUUAAUGAUAAUGACAUUUAAACAUAGGUGGAAAUAAAGUGUAAAUUUAUAAA